AUGUCGAAAGUGCUAAUAUUACUCGUGGUACCACUGAUGUAUCUAUCACUCUCCCAAGGAAUGUAGAGUCCGUCGCUGAAGUUCCUCAGAGAGCUCAUCAAUGCGAUUGAUGAGGUUCGGCAAAUUCGAACCAUAAUGGCAAUCAGGCAUAGUCAGGAUAAACACUGUCUUCUUGACCAAUGGAAUCCACGUAGAUGGGUUAUUUUGAGGGCCAAUGAAAUGGCACCCAUCCGAAUAAGUGGAUACUGCAAUGAACAAGCGGUCUCACUAGCUUGCAUUGGCAAUGAUUCGGACUAUGGGCUCCUUGACAGCCUGGCCAAUGCCAUGGACAACAUGAGGCUGGAGAGGAUCAUACUGUGGAGCCAAAGCGAACCCACAGAGUUCCUACUCAACUACAUCUCCCAGCAAGCCAAUCGGUAUAAUUUUGUGCAGCUAACAAUUGUGGCAAUGAACGAUGAUCCCAACGCAGUACCAGCACUUUACCGCAUGAAUCCAUAUCCGACUCCACAGUUUAACCGAUUAAACAAUAUAUCCGACAUAACAGGGGCUGCUCUAUUCGAAAAUGGCCUAAGUUUUCAAGGUAGAACGGCCAUUGUGAAGCAAAGUGUGAAUUCAAACAUUAGCUUUAAAGUAUGGUCGCCAUCAGGUCCUAUACCCUUGUCCGCCCUCAAAGACUAUGAAAUUAUUCAGUUCGCCAUCAAGUACAACUUAAGUUUGAAAUUAUAUGACCAAAAUGAUACGAAAUCGGGUCAUUUCGAUAUACAGCUGGGUCCACGUUUCAUAACCAAGGACUUUCCCACCCAGAUGGCCUUCGUAAGUCCCAACACCGCCUGCUCACUGAUCGUCAUAGUUCCCUGCAGUCAAAAGUGGCGUCUUAUGGAUGUACUUCAGAAAUUGGGUGUACUGAAAUUGAUAUGUUGCCUUUCGAUUGCCUAUGUGAUUUUUGUUUCGAUAGAAACCCUAAUACUUUGGCUAACCCACAGGAUAUGCAAUCGUGGAAUCCGCCUGACCUGCUUGAGUCCACUGCUGAAUCCUCGUGCCUUUCGUGGCAUUUUGGGUCUACCAUUUCCGGAGUUUCGCAGAUCAAGCAUUUCACUGCGCCAACUCUUUCUGGUCAUCAGCGUUUUUGGCCUGAUCUUUAGCAAUAUUGUGAGCUGCAAACUGAGUGCGCUGCUCAUGAAACCAGCCCAAAAUCCGCAGGUGCGAAACUUUAAUGAGUUGCGAGAUAGCGGAUUGAUAACUAUUACGGAUGCAUAUACGCACUCCUUCAUCAAGACGCACAUCGAUACGGAAUUCUUUGAUCGAGUGCUACCCAACUACUUGAUUGUCGAAAAGAAGGAAACACUCAGAAUGCUUUUGAGUUUAAACGAUAGCUACAGCUAUAUAAUGUACACACCUACGUGGAAAUUGUUAAAUGCGAUUCAACGACCGUUGGAUGAAAGGGUUUUUUGCGAAUCCGAGAGUUUGACCAUUGCCUGGAAUCUGCCACGAAUGUAUGUCCUAGAGAACAAUUCUGCCUUGAAAUGGAUGCUUACAAGGUUCAUCAACUAUAUUCCGCAAACGGGAUUAUCUAAUGCUUGGAAUGAAAAACUUCCUUAUGCUGUAAAACAAUUUUACAAUAUCACCUUUUCUCCCAAGAAGAAUACAGGACCAGUUCCACUGUCCAUUGAGAACUUGAGCUGGAUAUGGCAUCUGCUGAUCAUCGGAGAAAGUAUCGCCACAUUGGUCUUCAUUGUUGAGAUACUUGUCAAGAACAGGAACCGAUUCAUAUGCAACAUGAGGGAAAGAUCAAGCGAAGGUGACGAUAUCGCUUAG